UCGGGCAAUGGUGCACGAGGGUUCCUCUAAUUUGUUUUGGGAACGUGGAGUGGCACUAUCCGGAUCGAUGUCUCCGUCAGUUUGGUCGGGAGCAGUGCAUUCCGUUGGAGGUCCCCGAAAGUCAAUGGGCCUUCCAUGGCCGAGAUGGUCGGCAAGGUACUCGCGAUUGGCCCACGAAGUUGAAGGAAUUCAUCGCGAUUUGGGAGAACCGACAACUACAGGAUAUUGUCACUCCAAAUCAAGUGGGCCGAAUGGGGUAUCAUGACCCAUACUUGGAUCGAUAUCGGCAAACAUCGGUUCGUUACAUGACUCCGGAGGGUGCGGCCGAUGGUGCAUUAGCUGAUGGGGUCGAGCGGAUUAAAGAUAUGACUACCGGAAGAACUGAGUUGGGCAAUGAAGAUGUGGGCUUCAUCAGGAGGAUUGCAAACAGUCUACUUGGCUGUAUCAGAGCUCAGGGCCGGGAUCAUCGUAGAUA